GUGGCCGGCGCCGCAGCGCAGAGCCAUGGGCAACAUCUCCUCCAACAUCUCGGCCUUCCAGUCCCUGCACAUCGUCAUGCUGGGCUUGGACUCGGCCGGCAAGACCACCGUGCUCUACCGACUCAAGUUCAACGAGUUCGUGAACACGGUCCCCACCAUCGGCUUCAACACCGAGAAGAUCAAGCUGAGCAACGGCACGGCCAAGGGCAUCAGCUGCCACUUCUGGGACGUGGGCGGCCAGGAGAAGCUGCGGCCGCUCUGGAAGUCCUACAGCCGCUGCACCGACGGCAUCAUCUACGUGGUGGACUCGGUCGACGUUGACCGGCUGGAGGAGGCCAAGACGGAGCUGCACAAGGUGACCAAGUUCGCCGAGAACCAGGGCACGCCGCUGCUGGUCAUCGCCAACAAGCAGGACCUGCCCAAGUCGCUGCCGGUGGCCGAGAUCGAGAAGCAGCUGGCGCUGCACGAGCUCAUCCCGGCCACCACCUACCACGUCCAGCCGGCCUGCGCCAUCAUCGGCGAGGGCCUCACCGAGGGCAUGGACAAGCUCUAUGAGAUGAUCCUCAAACGCAGGAAGUCGCUCAAGCAGAAGAAGAAGCGGUAAUGCGCCCGCCGCGGCGCUGGGGAGCGAGGGGUGGGGAGCGAGCUGGUCGGGAAUGAAUGAAUGGGCGGAUGGAUGGGUGUACGCGAGGGAAGGCUGGGCCAGGAGCCGAGCGAACAAAGACAGCGAACCAAAGUGAUGCUUCGAAUUUUCGACCAGAAUCUGCACCCAGAUGCGGGACUAGGAACUUCCCCCGGGGGUGUUGGUCGACCCGCCCCCACCCGCAGCUCCGGGGACCUUUUGUCUGAAAGCGGGAGCUCUGGGUGGGGUGGGGGCCUCCUGGGGAGUGGACUCGCUGCAGGUGGGGCGGCCAGCCCCGAGGAGGCCCGGCUGUCAAAGACAAAAGCCGUUUCUUCUGCUCCAGCUGGGCCAGGAAUGGGCUGCCAGGCCGCCGGAAGGACGUGAGUUACCUGGGGUGUGCAGCUCCCAGGACCGAGCACCUGGGGCAUGCCAGCCGGGCGGUGAGGAGUGCCUCCCUGGCGUCCUGGGCUGCGGGAGGCUGGUCAUUUUAUGUCACGGGGCAGGCCCCUGUGGAGAUUUCGUUUGUCGUGCCGGGGCCCACAUGGGUUGGUGGCCGCCUCCUGGAGGGCGGCCUGGGACGGCUGGCCGGAGGGCCUGGGACUGCGGGCCUGACCGGGGUGGCCGCGGGACGCCCUGCCCGGCGCCUGUGGCGGCCGGUUGGGUUGAGGACUGCUGUUCAGCCUGGAACCCGACCUCUGCCAGGUGGUUUGGACUCUGUCCACGCGCAGGUCAUUAUUCCACAAAGAGACCAAUAAAAAUCAAAAAUAAACUUGGCGGUGGUGGUGCAUAUGCAUUUGCUGUUCUGCAGGAUGGUUCAGAGUUUCAAGGGUAAAGCCCUGGCACACAUGCUGCCGGGGUGUGUGUCGCUGCAGCUUCCCGUCCCCAGCCCAGACGGCCUCACCCAAGAGAUCGUAGGCCCUGGUGUGAGCCUCAGCUUCUUGCCAGAGGCGUGCCAGUCGCAAGUGGCUGCCUCUUGUCAUCUAAGCUCUGAUGCUGGUGGGUUUGGGUCGGGUUAUUGGCUUUUGAAGAGAACUUCUGUAAACAAAUACUCACCUAGAAAUGGUCACCGCUGGGGGAGAAGCCUUCGCUCCGCCCCUUUAUACCCCUUCACGCUGCAGGUGACCUGUUCAGCUUUCUGGUUUGGUUCACUGUGGCCGACCUGGUUCUAAGUGUCUCACUGAAAACGUGCCCCAGGAAAUAAAAGCCCACCUUGUGGCAAAAGCUGACCUCGUUGCAUGCAUCGGCAGGCGGCCGGCAGGCAGGGGAGGGCCCGUCCUUGCCCAGCUCGGGGCUGACCUGCGCAGCCGCCGCCGAGCACUGGGGUCCCAGCGAGCUUGUGACGUCACUCACCUGCACUCAGGCACUUCGGUUUACUUGAAAGGCUUUGGAGAAUAAAGGGAAAGGAGAGUAACUGCAUAUUUUUAAUAAUGUCAUUUUAAAAACCCUUUAUUGUCAGGGUGCCUCUCGGUUUGCGGAAGCCUGUCACGCACCCCAAGGCAGUGUCCAAAGGGGAAACUAACCUUUCUUGGAUUUUCAUUUCCUCUUUGAAUCCAUGUUUACAGGUAAAAUAGGUUCCCCCCACCCCCACUAGACAUUUCUCUAGAAGGAGGCCUGUGGAAUCGGGCGUGAUGGUGUGUGAGCGUGUGAGUCACGUUGGCAACCUGGGCCUCCUGUCCCCUGGCCCCCAGAAGGUCCCCCCGAGAGCCGGGGUGGAAGUUCUGGCCGAAAUCCCAACGCAUAAUUACACAUUUUAAACGGAGGCACCUAACAGCUCUUCUCUUUCGCCAAUGCAUUCGUCCCCCCCGUCCAGUGCCGGCCGUUUGUGGAAACCCAGUUGGGAAAACAGCGAAGCAGUGUUGCAAAGCCUGCAAGAUUUCAGUUUACACCCCAGGGCACACCCUGAAUGGGCUGGUCCCGUCACCUGAAGAUUCUGUAUAGAGUUAUGAAAAGAAAAAUCCAUCUUCCUUUAUUUUCUUCACACGCAGCAAUUUCUUAAGCACUUUGACAUUUUGGUAGUUCCACACUAUGGAGAGAAUAAUAUAUUUAUUUUGUGACAUUGCAGAUGCCAAAUACUGUCGCCUUCUCGUGCUAACAAUACUUAGGUUCGAGGUCACGGUUUGCGUCCUGUCCCGCCUGACAAAGGAGGCAAGAUGAUUUUGUGUUUUGCAUUAUCAGUACUUAAAGGUGCAGUCACUGUUAGUAAUUGUGCCGUAAAGACUCUGUGGUGUAUCAACAGGUAGUUAAGAGUCUGCGUUGAUUUUCCUCGUGUCCGACCUGGUAGAGGCCCGCGUCAUGUCUGACCCUGGUCUGGUCACGGGAGACCCCGGCCACCAGCCCUCAGGGACGGAGGACACUUCCGUCCUUGGUCCUCGGGGAGGUGGCUGAAGUGUUUCCUCGUGACAGCGGGGGACUGAGCCCCAGACUGUCUGCCCCGACCCGGGCUGUGUUCUGGUCCCCGCUUUCGCCUCCACUGCUGUAACUGCCUGUCCUGGCCAUCCUCUCCUGUCUCCCUUUUAUAAUGCGUAUAUGAUGCUGUGAGCAGAAAUAAAUUAUUUAUA